CGGGCUGUGUUGUGCUGCGCUGCAGGAAGUGUGAGGGGUGUUCCCGCAGAGCCCAGCUUUAUCUCUACAGCGGACAGAGAGGCUCAGCCAGCAGCACCAUGUCUCCCACAGCCCGCAGUGUCAUCCCGUCUCCGUGACAUGACAGCGAGAGUGUGACCCGCCGCUUGUGUUUACUGACUCAGUGAGGGAGAGCACUGCUUUAGGAACAGACCGGUGUCCGCGCACCGCCAGCCCGCAUCCCGCUCCGCUCUCCCCGCGCCGCUACCAGACUGUCAUGAGCUCAGCUUGGGGAUGGCGUCCCUCCCGAGUUACGGUAAGACGGCGGUGCCAGCGGAGGAGGAGAACGGCGACCUGGACCAGUCCCUGCAGCACAUGCUGAAGGCCAUCGCCGACGAGAGGAACCGCCUGAACAGUCGGCAGGAGAUGAGCGGACUGGGCUGUUUUAAGGAUGACAGGAUCGUGUUCUGGACGUGGAUGUUCUCUACGUACUUUAUGGAGAAGUGGGCUCCUCGGCAGGAUGACAUGCUCUUCUAUGUGAGGCGGAAGCUGGCGUAUGUCAGUGCUGACAACACAGAAGGGAAGAAGGUGGAGGUGGAGGUGUACAGAAGGGACUCUAAAAAGCUGCCAGGGCUGGGUGACCCUGACAUAGACUGGGAGGAGAGCGUCUAUCUGAACCUCAUCUUACAGAAGCUUGACUAUGUUGUCACAUGUGCUGUCUGCACAAGAUCAGAUGCAGGAGACAUCCACAUCCAUAAGAAGAAGUCUCAGCAAGUGUUCGCCUCCCCCAGCAAGCACCCCAUGGACAGCAAGGGAGAGGAGUCCAAGAUGAGCUACCCAAACAUCUUCUUCAUGAUUGACAACUUUGAGGAGGUGUUCAGUGAUAUGACUGUUGGAGAAGGAGAGAUGGUGUGUGUGGAGCUGGUAGCCAGUGACAAGAGCACCACCUUCCAGGGAGUUAUCUUCCAGGGCUCCAUACGCUACGAGGCCCUCAAGAAGGUCUACGACAACCGGGUGAGUGUGGCUGCUAAAAUGGCCCAGCGCAUGUCUUUCGGCUUCUACAAGUACAACAACAUGGAGUUUGUGAGAAUGAAGGGUCCGCAGGGGAAGGGUCACGCUGAGAUGGCCGUGAGCCGAGUGCCCACUGGGGACACUUCACCCUGCGGCAUGGAGGAGGACCAGGACUCACCUAUGCACGAGAGGGUGACAUCGUUCAGCACUCCUCCCACACCAGAGAGAAACAGGCCUUCCUUCUUCUCUCCCUCUCUGCGCCGCAAAGUGCCCCGAAACCGCAUCGCCGAGAUGAAGAAGUCCCACUCCGCCAACGACAGUGAGGAGUUCUUCAGGGAGGAGGAGGACGAAGACCUUUGCAACACCACAAACCUGCGCUCACGCUCUCUGUCGGGGACAGGCAGAUCGCUGGUUGGCUCGUGGUUGAAGCUGAACAGGACGGAGGAGUAUUUCCUGCUGUAUUCCCACCUCACCUAUGUCACACUUCCCCUGCACCGCAUAACCACAGAUAUUCUGGAGGUGAGACAAAAGCCCAUCCUGAUGACAUAGCAGUUCCUUACUUCCCCAGAACACUCGACUCAAGUGCCUCUCCACAUCAGGCCCCUCCCUCCCGAGACAACACCGCCAUCUAGCGUCCAGACAGAGAACCAAAAACCACCUACAGAAGGAGAAGAGAACAAAGGAACUUAUUAAAAAACCAGCCAAUCAAGAAGUGCCUCUUCCACCUGUUCUUCUGUGCACCCUGCCAGAGUCACUGUCUGUAUGUCUGUGAGACGCCUGGGCGGCAGAGCCUGGACAGCAGAACACCGUCCGUCUUGAGACUCGUCGUAUGUCAGAUUGGCUCAGGUUUGGAACGGAGGCGGCGGCUGCUGACGUCCCGCUUUCCAGCAAAAGGGAAACGUGUGUGAAAGAGUGAGGGAGGGAAAAAAAGAAAAAACUAAAGAAAAACGAACAAAAAAACAUAAGAAUGUCUCUGUUCCUUGUAAAUACACUGCUGCUUAGAUACUCAGUGAUUAUACCAACCACGACCCUCUCCUCUCAGCCUUGUGUACGAUAAAGAAAAGGAAAAAGAGAGACUCUUUCCGUGGAAAGGGUCUUUCUGUGUCGUUUAUUUGUGCAUAGUGCAUUUUAUUUGUUUUUCCAAAGGCAACCUCCUCCCAUCCCUAGGCCUUAAACACCUCCUAACCAGCUAACAGGACACAGAGACUCCUCCCUCUUAUGGCCUACGUAUCACUUUAGACUUCUCACAAAAGUCUGUAUUUGGAAAUGCUGGACGUGUCUUUUGUUUCUUGGUCAGUUCUUUACGCCGAAAAGCUGCACAACAAGUAGAAUUCUCUUCUUUUGCUAUAAAAAAAGAGACAUGAUAUAUUUGUUCAUUAGUAUGUUUGGAGAAAUUUGUAACCUUUGUGAUCUUUAUAAUCGAGUGUUGGUAUAAAUAAUGAUGAGUGAGAGAAGGGCCAUGAAUUUGCCAUAAGGCCUUGAAAAGCAUGUUUCUUUUGUUUUUUCCUUUUUUUUUUUUGUAUUUUUUCCAGAAUGAACACUUCGUAGAUGUGGGUUGUUAUGUGUUAUGUGACCAGAGCACAGUGCUUGUCAUCCUCACUAUUUUACUACUCUACAGUUAAGAUGGACUCUUAAAAACACAUGUAAAGGUGUUGCAAAGGGUUCUUUGAGUAAUGCCAUUGACAGGGGAUUAUCCAGAGUUUUUAAAAUAUGGUUUACGACUGUUUUCUAAGCUUUACUAAACUACAAAUGUUUGCAUCAUAACAGCUCCAAACUUCACAUUAAGUAAAUAAACUGAUGAAGUUAUUAUUCUCUGAUUUUUAGGAAGCAGUACUGCCAGUCAUUUGUUUUUGUAAGGGUGGGAUGAGGUGAGUUGAGCAUGGGGUGGUGAGAUAUUUUGAACUCUAUAAAGGGAAUCGCACAGUGAAAAAGGUUAAGAACCCUGCCAUAGUACAUAGUACUGCACAUCUUCAGAUCUGGACCUGUUCAAAUCCACUUUUAACUUUUGGGAUUUUUUGGAUUUUUGUUGUUGGUGCCACACUUCACUUCAUUGCCAGUCAGUUACAUCAGCUGCUACCACUGAUUACACAAUACUUCUUCAGAUUACUGGAUUUAAAGUCCAGGUUUGAAGACCUGGGCCAUAGAAGAACCAGUUUUCGUUCAAUAAGGGAUUGUUUUGAAGAUUUAAGAACGUAAUUGGAGCUCAUUCUCCAAAUAUCAGAAUUUUCUUCAAUUGUUUCUUGAGAAAAAAUAAAUAAAUAAAAUAUAUUAAAAUAAAGUCUGUCAGAAUGAUGAUGGGUUUUAAAGCACAGAAUUGUUCACAGCUCUGCUCUUAUAUUGGUGGAUCCCAUCAUGAUGUUCCUGUAAACUGACCAAAUCUUGAAUCCAAAUAAAACAUUGGUGAAGGUCA